CUCAUUAUUAUUACGAAAGCACACUGAAAGCUAUUCCCCCUUUCCCCAUCUUCCUCCCUUUCAUCACCAUCAUCAUCAAAGAUUCUUCUCCAUGCUUUUCUUCUUCUUCAUCAAACGACGACACCUGUCGUCGUCUGCUUCUCCUUUCCAAGAUUCAUUUUUUCUUUGAAUCUCCAUUAAUCUAAUUUAAGUAUGAUGAUGACGUUGUACAGUACCGGUCUGUGUUCCUCAAUCUCCAGGUACAACAACAACAACAACAAACAUAUCUUCUUGCUUAUUACAUCACUAUCACUGCUACUACUACUCACUGCAUUAAUCCCACAAGUAAGAUCAACAACAAGUGAUUACGACGCUCUUCUUGCUUUGAAAAUGUCGGUGGACCCAUCUUCCAAUUUCCUUCAAUGGGGUGUAGCCAACAGUACUGAUAUCUGCACGUGGCAAGGAGUUAAGCAAUGCCUUAAUGGCAGAAUCACAAAACUCGUGGUUGAAGGAUUUAACUUGAGCGGCCAAUUAGAUUCCGAAAGCCUGAAUCAGUUGGAUCAACUCAGGGUACUCAGCUUCAAACAAAACUCACUCUCCGGCCAAAUCCCACCACUCUCCGGCCUAGUCAAUCUCAAGUCUCUCUUCCUCAACGACAACAGAUUCUCCGGCGGAAUAUUCCCUGUUGGUCUUUCUCUUCUUCAUCGUCUCAAAGUUAUCGAUCUUUCCGGUAACGAGUUAUCGGGUCAGAUUCCGGGUUCGUUGGUCGAUUUGCCUAGAUUGUAUCUUCUUUACUUGCAGGACAAUCGGUUCAGUGGUGCUGUUCCCCCCUUUAAUCAAAACAGUUUAAGAUUCAUCAAUGUGUCGAAUAAUGCACUCUCUGGACAGAUCCCACUAACUCCACCGUUGCUCGGAUCGAAUCGAUCUUCGUUCGUCGGCAACAUCGGUUUGUGCGGCGAACAAAUUCAAAAACCAUGCACUCUUUCCGGUCCUUCGCCCAGUCCAUCGUAUCCAACAAUACUCCCCUCGAAGAAGAACGUUGGGAGUCGGAAGACGAACAAGAAACUUAUAAUAAUAAUUGUUUCGAGCGUCGGCGGGUUUUUCGUAGUAUGUAUUUUAGCACUAGUUUUAGUUAUGUGUUUGAGGAGGACGAGUAAGCGAAGCGAGGUACGGUCUAAAGCGGUGGUCGGACGAGGUGUGGAUGAGGCGGCGGCUACUCCUCCUAGUGGCGGUGAUAACGGUGGUGGUGGAGAUAACAAUAAUAAUAAUAAACGGGGGAGUAUUUCUUGGGAUGAAGGAAACGGGAAUUUGACUUUUCUUGGAUCGAGUGAUCAGUUGAUGAGUUAUGGUUUAGAGGAUUUAUUGAAGGCUUCGGCGGAGACGUUAGGGAGGGGUACUAUCGGAAGUACUUACAAAGCGGUUAUGGAGUCGGGGUAUAUUGUUACUGUUAAGAGGUUAAAGGAAGCUCGGUAUCCGAAAAUGGAGGAAUUUAGAAGGCACAUCGAGAUUCUUGGUAGAUUAAGACAUCCUAAUUUGGUUCCACUAAGGGCCUAUUUUCAGGCGAAGGAGGAACGAUUGGUUGUGUAUGAUUAUUUCCCGAACGGAAGUCUCUUCUCUCUCGUACACGGAUCAAGAUCUUCAGGCGGUUCAUCGAAGCCUCUUCACUGGACAUCAUGUCUAAAAAUAGCAGAGGACUUAGCGGCAGGGCUGCUCUACAUCCAUCAAAACCCCGGCCUCACACACGGAAACCUAAAAUCCACAAACGUACUAUUGGGUUCCGAUUUCGAAUCUUGCCUAACCGAUUACGGAUUAACCCUAUUCCGAAACCCGGACUCACCGCCCGAGGAAUCAUCCAGCGCAUCUUCCCUAUUCUACAGAGCCCCCGAGUGCCGGGACCCGCGAAAGCCGAUAACGCAACAAGCCGAUGUGUACAGCUACGGUGUCCUCUUACUGGAGCUUCUAACCGGAAAGACUCCUUUCCAAGACCUGGUCCAAGAAUACGGGUCGGAUAUUCCUAAAUGGGUCAAAUCCAUUCGGGAGGAGGAGACUCAUGAAUCGGGGGACGACCCUAAUUCUUCGGGUAAUGAAGGGUCUGAAGAAAAGAUGAGUGCUAUCUUGAAUAUAGCGAUGGGGUGUGUUUGCGUUGCGCCCGAGAAUCGUUUGGCGAUGAAGGAUGUGUUGAGGAUGAUGAGAGAGGCGAGAGGGGAAGUUCAAUUGUCGUCAAAUAGUAGCGACCAUUCUCCCGGGAGAUGGUCCGAUACUGUUCAGAGCUUGUCCAGGGAAGAUCACUCCAGCAUAUGAUUUUUAUUUGAUUUUUGGUUUUGGUUGAUGGUUAUAUCAAUUUAAGAAGCAAACCAUAUUUGUGUAUUCUUUUUUUUCUGGCUUUAACAUUCAUCUAUUGAUUGAUUACCCGCUUUUUUUUU